CGUCUGCAAGAACCGAAGUUGGAACCUUGCGCAUGUGUGAGGUAUCAUGCGACACAAAAACAGCGAUAGUGACGACGGGAAACGUAGUUUAAAAACAGAUUACCCGAAAUGCAAUAGCAUUCGUGAAAUGCCAGGCGGGGAAUAGAAAAAGUAACACCAUGCGAGAAUUCAUACUGCGAUUUUUGGCAGUUUAAAAAUAAUCUAAAAACUAAAUAACAGGGUGCGAAAACAGGACAGGCUAUUGUUGAACAGUUCUGUUUGUAUUUGGAAAAGGUGACAUAUUUUGUCCAAGUAUGUUGUGAGUGAAGACAAGAUCGCAGAUUUGGCCUUCACGCAGGCAUCAAAGCUAACUAGCGUGUUAGCUGUGAUGCUACGUUGCUCGCUGAGCGUCUUCGUGAGUAACGUUAGCUGAAGUCCAAAUAGCCAAUUGGUAGUAAAUGUGUGCCUCCUAAGAUAAAAUGUCUGGCUUUAACUUUGGAUCGGGGACUCUUGGUUCUGCCAACACUGGUGGAGGAUUCGCAUUUGGGGCCAUAACCAGUGCACCUGCGGCCAAUACUGGUGGUUUCUCUAUCGGGACUGCCCUCGGUACAGCAGCCCCAACCCCUGCCUCAACCACCAGCACCACCCCGUCUCUUGGUCUAGGGGGCAGUCUCUUUGGUCAGAAACCUACUGGAGGAUUCUCUUUCAACACACCUGCCUCAAGUGCUGCUGCACCCACUGCAGGCCUUACAUUAGGUGCCCCAGCCACUACAGCUGCGUCCACUGGCUUCAGUUUGGCCUUCAACAAGCCCACUGCCUCAGCAACACCCUUCUCCCUCACCACCACUGCUACCACCUCCUCAUCAGCUCCUGCAGGGGCAGGUUUAACAUUUGGCUCUGUCCUGACAUCCACAGCUCCACAGCAGGCUGCAGCCAUGGGCUUCACCCUUGGUGGCACAACAGCCACCACAGCAGCCUCAACAGGCCCGUCACUGGGCGGGAGUCUCUUCUCCAGCACUAUGUCUUCAGGUUUGGGUCAGACCACUCUUGGAGGAGGCGGCUUAACAUUGGGUUCUCUGUUAGCUACCUCCACUGCAGUAUCAGCGGCCCCUGCCCCCAGUAUUGGCCUGGGUGGAGUCGACUUUAGCACUUCCUCUGAGAGUAAGAGCGACUCAUCAUCUGGAGCCAAUGCGCAGGACAGUAAAGCUUUAAAAGAUGAGAACCUGCCCCCAGUCAUUUGUCAGGAUGUCGAGACUUUCCAAAAAUUUGUGAAGGACCAGAAGCAGGUUCAGGAGGACAUCAGCAGGAUGUCAUCUAAGGCCAUUUCUAAAGUCCAAGAUGACAUCAAGAGCCUCAAACAGCUUCUGUCUGUCAGUGCCAGCGGUCUGCAGCGCCAAGCUCUGGCCAUAGACAAACUAAAGAUGGAGACAGCGCAGGAGCUGAAAAAUGCUGACAUAGCACUGCGUACACAAAAGACUCCCCCUGGACUUCAACAUGAGAACACUGCUCCAUCAGAUUAUUUCCGUUGCCUGAUAGAGCAGUUUGAGGUACAGUUGCAGCAGUACCGGCAGCAGAUAGAAGAGCUCGAGAACCACCUGACAACGCAGAGCAGUGGCUCACACAUCACUCCUCAGGACCUGACCUUGGCCAUGCAGAAGUUGUACCAGACAUUUGUUGCGCAGGCUGCCCAGCUCCAGUCUGUCCAUGAGAAUGUCAAGAUCUUGAAGCACCAGUACCUUUCCUACCGCAGGGCCUUCCUGGAAGACUCCACGGACGUCUUUGAGUCCAAACGGGCAUCUAACAGGAAGUGGCAGAGUGCGGCGCGAGUCACGACUGGGCCUGCCCCGUUCUCCAGUGUGCCCAACGCUGCAGCGGUUGCCAUGGCAGCCACGUUGACCCAGCAACAGCAGCCAACUCCAGGGACCCAGGCACCCUUGGGGGCAGGGUUCGGAAACCCCUUUGCCUCGGCAGUGGGCACUAGCUUGGGCUCUUCUACCCUUGGAGGUUUUGGUGGUGGGCCAGGAUUUGGUGGGGUGGGGACUGGGGGGUCUUCUUUUGCCUUCUCCACCAGUAAGCCCACAGGAGGCAGUCUGAGUGCAGGUUUUGGUAGCAGUAGCAACUCUGGCUUUAACUUCAGUAACCCUGGUAUCAACCCCUCGGCUGGCCUGACCUUUGGCGUGUCUAACCAACCUGCCGCAGGCUUCGGCACAGGAGGACCCCUUCUCCAGCUAAAGAAACCCCCCGCUGGUAAUAAAAGGGGCAAGAGAUAGAACCAAGAAACGACAGAACCCUGUGACUGACCAGCUGACCAGCUUGGGGUUUGUAGCGGGUAAGGCCUGGUCUCCCAAAAGCAUAUAAGUGCUACAAUAAUCAUUAUCCAACUACAGAACAAGGAAAACAUCAGGGAUGGGAUUGAACCCACCAUAAAACAGCAACACAGGGUCACCCAUUGAGGUAUAUGUUCAAGAAACAUUGAGAAAAAGAAAAUCCCAUUGACCAACAAGCAUAAUCUUUUUAUCUUACAAUGGUCUGUAUUGUGUGCUGUUAUACACUGAUUUGAUCCCAUUUAAUUUGAUUCCAAAUUGCCAAGUCCUUAGCCAGUGUUACCUGUCAGUUGAUACAAAAAGUUGCCUACAUUCAUAUGUUCCUAUUAGGUCCAUUUAAACAAUAAAAUUAUAUUUCUUAGGUCUUAUUAAUAUAACUCUGAAUCAAUAUGGUAGACAGUGGCAUGUAUGGAAAGGUUAAAAAUAGUGUUUGCUUAUUUUUAAACAUGACAUUGACUCAAAAUGUUGCCUGCACACUAGAUUCUGUAGUGCUACAAUGCUUUUGGGAAUGCCAGCCAUGGACAGAGCUGGGUCAAUUACAAAUCUUUCUGUUAUCUGUAAGGAAUUUCUUUAGUCUGAAUAUUGUACAAGAUCGAUGUGUUUUUGCGCUUUGAGGUGGACGGUGCGGAUGGUUCCAUUGUGUUACACCAACUGUCAAUCACAAAACUGCACUUGAACGCCUCUCAAAUGAUGACUUGGUCCAAGUCUCGUCCAGGGAAGGGUAAGGUAAAGGGAAAGAAGCAUAUGGAGUAAUAGUUGGUUGGGAACAGCGUAGUCCCUGCCUGAAGGUGUCAAUGGGGGGUAUUAUCUGAUCCUAGAUAGUUUUAUAGGCACAGGAGGGUGUCCAGGGUGGGUUUUUGAGGAAGCACAGUUUUAUUUUUAUAUCAAGUGGAGAAAGAUGACAUUCGGGAGGGGUAAAAUGGGACUUGCACCUUGGGAUAGUCCAUUAUCUAGUCCACGUAACCUGUGUUGUUUUUGCUAGAGUCCAUCCUUAUCAUUGUUUAAUAAUUACUUUUUAGACACAUUUUGUUUGGCCCAAUGUAAGAACUUGGGAGAGGAAACGCUAUGCUGUUUGUAUCACAUGGCUCCCAUUAAAUGUUAAGUUAGUUGAAUCUGAAAGGGAUUUCACAUGCAAAUUCUACCUACUCAGUUUACACAUGUGCUAGAAUAAAUUUGCACUUACCAGUGUAUAUGACCUGACAGUGAUAGUGUGAAUGUGCAUGUGUGCCUAUUGCACAAGUAUGAAUUUGUCUCUCUAGUCUAUCAUAGUCGCUGACUUCUUUUGAGCCUCUGGUGUGGUAUAGGGGGAAAUUCUGCUUUUUUAAAUUGUCCAUGUCCGUUACCAAAUACUGGUAGUUGUACUAUUAUUUUCUAAUCACAGUCUGUGUAAACCUGUAUUUUCAAGAAGCAGUUUCAUAAUAAAAUCUUCAAUAUGAUGUUUUGCCUGUUUAUGGCAUCACUUCAAUAAAUGUGUGUGUUGACACAGAA